GGGUUCUCGUUACGGAAGCCGAGGAGGGCUGAGCGCGGGCUCUGCCUCAAGGAAGUUUGGUGCAGAAGCCCAGUGAACCGAGGUCUCUCGCGCCCAAUGGCGACUGUGGAAGCUAGCGGUAGUGACCGGAAAGAGCAAGAGAUUGAGACCUCCGUCACCUAUUACCGGUUGGAGGAGGUAGCCAAGCGCAACUCCCUGGAGGAACUAUGGCUGGUGAUCCACGGGCGAGUCUACGAUGUCACCCCCUUCCUUAACGAGCAUCCUGGUGGAGAAGAGGUUCUGCUGGAACAAGCUGGUGUAGAUGCAAGUGAAAGCUUUGAAGAUGUAGGCCACUCUUCUGAUGCCAGAGAAAUGUUAAAGCAGUACUAUAUUGGUGAUGUCCAUCCGAGUGACCUUAAACCUCAAGGUAACAAGGAGCCUUCAAAAAGUGAUACGUGCAAAAGUUGGUGGACAUACUGGAUUAUCCCCGUCGUAAGCGCUAUUCUCUUAGGUUUCCUGUAUCGCUACUACAUGUUGGAAAGCAAAUCCUCUUGAGGAAGCCUUGCUGAAGUCUGGAAGGCACAUCCACUUGGGAGUGAACCUAGAGACUUGCGUGGGGGCUGCAGCGAUGCCCUUUCCUUGAAUCCUGCCAGUUGUGUCCUUCCCCCUUGGAGUCCAGACAGUCGGGUAGACGUCCGUGUCAGGUCUGGGACCAGUGUCCUUCACCUCUCAGAGCCUUACACCCAAAGCACUUGUCACCAUUCUGUGUCCUUGCCAGCGUUUGCUCUCUUCACUGGCUUCCACGAGUAUCCUUACAUUUCAAAACUUUCUGUUCAUAAUUGCAAAUCAUAUGUUGUAGUGACAUUGCUAAAAAUGCCUGCUUGUCAAUACUUUGAAUAAUGCACAUUAGAUAUUCUUAGCAAGGCAGGAGUCUGGUAUUGAAGCUUUUAAGUAAAUUUUUUUUUAAAAAAUUCUGAUUUAAUCCUAUUAUUUAUCAUAAGGGAUUUAAUUAUGAAGUAAAGGUGUAGACUUAUUUCCUAAAAUAUAACUGCCAAAUGAUCUUGUUUCUAUUUGUUAAAACUACAAAGAACUGUGGUCAUCCCCUCCCUCCCACGCUAGGUAGCUCUUCCUACCCCCUAAGUCCAGGCCCUUUGCCUCCCAAAUGGUGCUGGACCAAAUUUUAUUUCCCUAUUAUUUCCUAGAGGUAGAAAGAGAUAUGGAAAGGAAGGGAUGAACUGGAGUGUUAGAACCCUGAUGAGUUCAGAGUAAUCUUUCUUUUAAAAAACAUUGAAAAACACUACAUUAGGAUAGGCGUUUAGAAAUAGCACCAAAGCUUUUGCUUUGGUUUGGCACCCGUUUGUAGCCAACUCUUUUCCUCCCCUGACCAUCUUUUAUUGGUAAAAUAUAAAUGUACAAUUAUGUCUGUAAACCUUAUCAGGGAUAUUUACUGCUUUUUUGUUUAUUGAUUAGCAAAUUUUUGAUUCUAUAAUUUAUAAAAGUAUGAGACUCCAAUUUGACUCUCCGUUUGCGUUUGCCCCAGUGAAAUAACUUCCGUAUAAAUGGUGGAAGUGGAAGAUGUGACAAGAGACUGUUUUCCAUUUUGUCUGUAUUUUACCUCCGUGGCUCCAACUUGUAAUUUUGUUCUUUUUUUCCAUUGAGAAUAAAAAAACUGGUAGUUUUUUUCUCAGAUGUGUGCUUUCUUAAGAAGGAGGUUAUCAGAAUUAUGUCCCUGUUUCUUACUGGUUCAGGGAUUUCUCUGGUGUAUUUGGUUUGAUUCUCCCCCAUGGCAGCACCUGUGGAGGUAGCAUCUUGCCGGCAGAUGUGGUGAUUUUUCUCCCCAUCCGUUGUCGUUUCCAGUGGGAGCAGAUUGGUUCAUGAAGCCCCACAGGUGCUGCUCAGUAUCUUCUCUGUCCCUUCCAGCUGGCCAGAGGCUUGACCAGACAGAAAAGUGCCCGGCAAACCAAAGUCUGCCCAUGCAAACUAUUGAAGAAAAAGUUCAACCCAGGUCUUACAUCCUGUGAUUUAGCAGUUGAGUGAAUUCAGAAUUCAUCUAAAUAAUAUUAACUUUGUCCUUGUACCUUUAGAUAUACUUUGGAGUUAUUUUAGGAGAUGUAUAGUUGACUUUUAUUAUCAGGGAUAUGGGCUUAGUAACACUUUUAUCUUUAAAAAAAAAUGUUCAUAUGUAUUACGAGAUGCCACUUUGAGACAAUUUAUUGAACAAAAAUCUUUGGUUAUUAUGUAAUGAAACUGGUAUGAAUUGAUGCUCCUCCAUUUAAAGGCAAGAAAGGGUUACUUGAAUAGAAUUGGUACAGGAUUCCUGUAAUAAUUAAGUCACACGAUUACACGGAGUACAUUGGGGUUGAAGUAAAGAACAAGGGAACAUUGAGGAGCUGGAAAGGGAACAUUCGAGCUAAAACUAAGCCAGAAGAUAACUUGAAUCAAUUUGUGAAAGUGUGCUGGCAGUCUCCAAAACUGAAUUAAAAACAUCUGCCUUAUAAGAAAUGUGAAAGAACUAUAGUCUAAAAGUUGGUGUUUUUGAUUUUUUCAGGGUAAACACCAAUGAAAAGAUACGUUUUUCUACUUCAUAUUGGUUUUCUUUUCCUGUUUAUGUGUAGACUUGUUUUUACCGACAGCCAGAGGGAAAGGAUUUUCAGAACUUGUCACUACCAUCCAUGAAAUCCAUUUACUACUGAGGGCUCCUUUUGAACUGCUGCUAAUGUGAUGUCACUUUGUAUUAUAAAAACCACCUUUGGGCCCAUUUACUAUUAUUCUGCUGCCUACAAAAACAGCCAGGUAAAAGGUAGAUCUUGUGUAAGAGUUUGCAGAGUUUUUUCUGAACAAUAAAGUAAUACAGUACACUAGCCAAGUCCAUCAAAAAGGAGUUUUGUUUAAGAAGCAGACUUGAAUUCUCCAAGCAGUCUUGACAUUGGUAGGUUGUGAAAAACCCUCUGGAGAGCAAGUGGAGCCAGUCCCCACUGGCUGACACUGCCCCCUGGAGCUGUCUCUGGAGUGCAGGGUUGUUUAUUCCUAAGGAAUUGUAGCUGCCGCCGCACACCAUAUUGCAUACAUCAUGGCUGCCAAGCACAAGAAGGAGCAGAGGUGGGAAAUUUUGUGCCACCAAAAGAGAGGGUAUUUAGUGCACAUUGUCCAAAAUUUCCUUGCCCCUCUUAGAAUUGGUUUUGGUUUCCAAAUGACUUUUCCAUUUAUAAAGAUCAGAAAGUGGUGGGGUCAGAGUUUAUACUGUGUUUAGAUCUCCCAGCGAUCACUUAAGCAAAAACCAACCUCCAUGGCCUCCAAACUGUAAUUUGGUCCUGUAAACUACUUUUAGCAGUUGUCAUAAAUGCGUAUGUUGUGAGGUAACAUUGUUUAGACAUUCAUUUAGUUCCAGUGUGGUGCAGUGAAAAUGCUUUGCAGGCCGGGUAUAUCAUUACUUAUGGUAUCUCAGGCUUUAAAAUCUCAAGAGAUACCUAUCUGGUUACAUUCCAUUUGAGGAGAUUGAGAUUGAAAUGCAGAACACAUAUGUUCCUUACCUCCUACCCCAGGAGAAAUGGAUUCAGAUAUGUCUUGUCUCAACAAGAAUCUAUGUUUUGUUUUUUUUUCUUAAGUCUCUUUCUGUUGCCAAAUAUCACGAAAGUUGUGGGGAGUUUAGUCACAUUUGGCUGUUGUGCUGAGUUUGGAAAUUGAGGGGGUGAACUAGGAGGGACGUUCCAAAGAAGUAGUGAGGUAUACCCAGCAUCUUACUCAUGAGUUUUAGUGGCUGCUCUUUGCCCACACCUGUAUCCCACAUUGGCUAUUUGGACAAAACAUUAUUUCAAGUAUUGAACUUCUGUUAUUUUUACUUCACCCUCGACUACGAACAAGUAAUAUUAACAUUCCUUUUGGUAUUCAAUAAUGGAGUUUGUUUACCUAUUUUAUUUCAGCAUAUUUUGAACAAAGAUCUUUGUCUCUUUUCUGUGGAAUGUGCACACAAAGGAUGUUUGUUAGAACCACACACAAUAAAGAUACUGUUUUCCUUUU